AUGUUGGGCCUUGCGAAUAUGCAGCCGCGGCAACUCGCCGCACAAGUCCUGAACUUCGCGCUCGUCCUGUCAACCGCCUUCAUGAUGUGGAAAGGACUGUCCGUGGUCUCCGACUCGCCCUCGCCCAUUGUCGUCGUUCUGUCAGGAUCCAUGGAGCCUGCAUUCCAACGAGGAGAUCUGCUGUUCCUGUGGAACCGGGGGGCAGAUACACAAGUGGGCGAAAUUGUGGUGUACAACGUCAAGGGCAAAGACAUCCCGAUCGUGCAUCGCGUUGUGAGGAGAUAUGGAGGAGGCAAAACACCGCUCCGCCUCCUGACCAAGGGCGACAACAACCUCGCGGACGACACCGAACUCUACGCCGCCGGCCAAUCCUUCCUGAACCGCAAAGAAGAUGUCAUCGGAAGCGUCGUCGGCUUCAUACCAUUCGUUGGAUACGUUACCAUCCUGUUGAGCGAGCAUCCAUGGCUGAAGCAGGUCAUGUUAGGCAUGAUGGGUGUGAUGGUGGUUUUACAAAGAGAGUAG